CAGAGACCUUCCCUGUCUGCCCAAGGUGUACUAGAAACAUCAAUAUCUUCCCAAGGGCUUACAGAAACUUCCUUGUUACCUCAAGAGCCUCCAGGACCCUGUUUGGAAAAAGAGGCUUUAGGAUAUUCACCAUCCAAUCCAGAAGAUCUUGGACUUUCUGAUUCUUCCCAGGACAGACUAGAAAAACAGGCAUGUAUGCAAAAUAGUGCAGAAAUACCACCUGUCACCCAAGAGGUCAUAGAAUCUUUGUCAGCCACACAAGAUUCUCCCAAAUUACCAGCUCCUUCACCACUUUGUCCAGAGGCAGAAGAACCUCUGACAUAUACACAAUCCAUUUCUAAGAGUUCAGAAUCUGUGCCAGAGACUCCAGAAGCUUUGGCAUCUGUUUUAGGGUCUCUGUGUCUUUUGAAACCCAAUGAAGGUGCUCUGGGCCCUUUAGUAUCUGAACAAGGGAUCCUGAGAACACCAGCAUUUCCCCAGGAAAGUCUAGAACUUUCUCAACCAGCCCAAGGGCCUCUAAAACCUGUGCCAUCUCCCCCAGUAACCAUGGGUGCUUCCUUUUCAACAGAGUUUCAGGGACUGUCCCUUUGUGCAGAAGGGGACAUUAUCCCUACCCCUCCUCAUGAAGAUGUCUGGAGAAAUUCCUCUUAUCACAAGAAGAGCCCUAGACGUUUCAAAUCUAACCAAAGCAUAUUGAAACAUGUCCCAUUUCCUGAAGGGGAUAUCAGAUACUGCCUUUCAGACCUUGAUGCCUUAAAAUGUAUCUCUUCUGCCGAAAGUAGCCUCACAUCUUCCAAGUAUGCAGAAAAGGAAUCCAGUCCUACCUCUACUCCUCAAAGGAGCAUCUCCCCCUUGAAAUCAUCACAAUUGAGUUUCAGAUCUAGUAUCCUUUGUAAAAAAGGUCUCAGUCAUUCUCCUCCUCCAGGAGAUUGCCCCACACCUUCUAAAUUGCGGAAAACAAGACCAAGCCCUUCCUCUGUCGAUCAAGAGAGCCUGAAAUCUGUACGCUCAAAACAUGCGGGCUGGAAACACUGCCAUUCUUCCAAAAUGUGGGUAAGAGCUUGCAAAUCUAAGAAAAGAGGUGUAAAGCUUAAAACUGUGACUAACAUAAACUUCGCCACUUCUGAUUCUGCUAAAGGAGCCUGCAGAUGCUCACCAUCUUAUGAGGUGGGUCUCAGAAGUCCCCUACCAAACCAAGGCAUUCACAGACCAUCCAAGUCUACUGAAACCCCAUCAGAAAAAGCCCCUUCUGACCAAUGGGACACCCAAGCUUCCAAUUCAGAGCAUGAGGUUGGCAAGCCAUCCUCCAUCCCUACAGAAGAGUGCAUGCGAACAACUGUUUCUCAUGAAGACAGCCUCAGGCAUCCCACCUCUCCUCAUGAGAUUCCCAGACACGCUACUUCUACCAGAAGAAAACAGAGGAAAGCCUCUCUUACCCAAGGAGCCCUGCAAACUUCCCCUACAGAUCAAGAAUGCAUUGAGUCAUCUUGA